GUAAAGUUCACAGCCCACCUUGUGAAGUGUGUGUUGCGAGUUGCGAGGACGCGGUUGAGGUGUGUAGGUACCGUUUGGUGUUUUUUUCAAAUAAUCACCCGAAAAAACAAUCUUGAAACUAUCGCAAAAGUGCGUGAACACGAUGUAAAAGUGCGCAGUGCGUAAAGUGCCCAGUGUGUGCCUUAAAAAGUGGCCUUUGAGUGAUAAAAUAAAUGUUUGCGUUUGUGAGUGUUGUUUUGGCCAGGUCUUGGGAUAACCUACGACAACAACAGACGUAGAUGCAUGGUAACGCCAACGACCGCAGGGCCCUCGAACGAGAGGCUCUGCGAAAUGUUAUCAACCAAUGGAACGCCAAUCGACUGGAUCUGUUCGAGUUAUCCGAACCGAAUGAGGACUUGGAAUUCCACGGUGUUAUGCGAUUUUACUUCCAAGACUCGGGGCAAAAAGUCGCCACCAAGUGCAUACGAGUGGCUUCGGACGCCACUGUGGAAGACGUGAUCGGAACUUUGGUCGAAAAAUUCCGACCCGACAUGAGAAUGUUAUCAGUGCCUUCCUACGCUCUCUACGAACUCCAUGAGGGAUGCCCCGAACGACGAAUGCUUCCCGACGAGAAACCGCUCCUUGUGCAGCUCAACUGGCACGUGGACGACCGCGAGGGACGGUUUCUCCUCAAAAAUAUUGACGACAAAACGACCAACUCGGUCGGUUCUCUCGACUCGAAUGCGAGUUUUCGGCGAAAAUUAUCGAAGCGAGAAAAGAAGCAGUUGAAGAAACAGGAAAAACUCUCGAGAAUGAAAAGCGAAAAUGGUGAUAUUAACGAUAAGGAAGACGGCGUUGCGGAAAAAUUAUAUACAGAAUUGCCCGAAACGUCGUUCACGCGCUCGAUUUCGAACCCGGAGGCGGUGAUGAGGCGGCGGAGGCAACAAAAACUGGAAAAGAAAUUGCAGCAGUUUAGGUCGAAGGAUGGAGGGCCUGAUACGGGUGGCACUUUGAAAAUCUAUGGCGAGGCCUUAUGUAAAGACGUGCCUUACAAAACCCUCCUCCUCUCAGUGCGGGAUUGCGCUGGUGCUGUGGUCCGGGAAAUGUUGGAAAAAUACGGUCUCAACAAAACAGACCCAUCUCAGUGGUGUCUCGUCCAAGUGACCCAACAACCAGGAGUCCCUGACACUGAAUACGUCCUCGACGAUGACGAAUGCCCCUUAUCUAUUCUAAUGAACUCGCCAAACACCGGCUCCAUCAUGUUUCACGUUAGGAGACGACCGGCAGAUUGCGCUCCCCGAAAAAGAAAGAAAAAACCAGGGGCGCUAGGCACCAACACCAAUAAUCCGAGAGAUGUUCGGGAUGCUGUGGCCCUUUUGGUCGAAUUGGGGCCAGAUGGGUCCGCCCCGCACCCGGGGGACACCGCCAGGACGAUCCGACUCACAAACGAUGUCAUGGAAGUGGGAUCAGCGAACGGCAUCGCCCUGCAGCUCUACGGCCCCCACAUCCAGCCCCGGCAUUGCGUCAUCACCAACGCCGACGGGGUGACAUCUUUGACACCUUGUCAUGCGGACGCCCAUACCUACGUUAAUGGCCAGCGCAUCCAUCAAACCACAAUUUUAAACCAUGGAAGUCUUGUUAAAUUUGGCAACAGCAACACCUAUCGAUUUCUAGAUCCGGUUCACGAAGACAGAAUGAGGCAUCCAGCCGUUAUGGAUAAUGCCAGGAUAUACGAUAGCCGGUCGCCGCGAGCUCUCAGUCCUACUGAGCCCUCUCGGGAAAAUAUCGAAACGACGUUUGAUCUGGAAGGAAAUGUUGAAACGAUUUCGACGGCCAGUGGAGCCAGAGAGGAUAACAGGUCGCUCGGAUCGGCAUCCGAAAAUAGGUUGAGCGGCAUGGACCGCUACCCCCGCGGCCAGGACCCUAUCCUCCCCGCCGUGCUGGAGUUCCCCGAGGACCCCCAGGAGCAGUUCCUAGCUCGCGUUAUAACGCAUCUCGACGUCACAACACCAACAUUUCGCCUCGCCCCAGCUUACACUCUAUACCUCUGUGCCCGUUAUCGAGCAUCGACUCACUACCGCCCCGAACUAACACCAACAGAACGUGCCCACAAACUCACCGUUUUGCUUCAACACGCCGCCAUGCUGAUCCGACACACGGUCCAAGACCGAAGCACCGAAAGCAUAUCUCAAGCUUUCUGGUUAGCCAACGCCAGUGAAUUACUACACUUCCUCAAAUCGGACAGACACGUCAGUGCGUUCUCGAUCCAAGCACAAGACACACUUGCAGAUGCAGUACAAUUAGCUUUUAAGAAUUUAGUCGCGUGUUUAACCGACGAGUUAAACUCGGCCAUGGCUCAUUUGAUGUCGGUGACAGGGGAUGACCAUCCCCGCGAAGUUAUAAAUAUUUUAAGUGGUGCUAUGAAUCUCCUACGGAAGUGUCGGGUCAAUGCGGCCCUAACCAUCCAAUUAUUUUCCCAGUUGUUCCACUGGAUUUCGGCCAAAGCGCUCGCAAAUGUGAUCAGUAACAGUAAUUUAUGUACGAGAAGUUUCGGCAAUAAACUCUUCAAUCGAUUAAGGAACCUGCAAGCUUGGGCUGAGUCCCAAGGCUUGGAGUUGGCUGCGGAGUGCCACCUUGCCAAGAUCGUGCAAUGUGCACACUUGAUGCAAGCACCUAAAUACACGCCGGAGGAUUUAGCCAACUUGUCGUCGGCCUGUUUCAAAUUAAAUUCGAUGCAAUUGGGGGCUUUAUUAAGACAGUACAAGGCGGAACCUGGGGAGAAAUUGGCACCGCCCCCGUUGCUGGAGCAGGCGGCCAAAGCGGCCGAAAGCGUCGCCGACGAGCUUGCGCGGGCUGAAGGUCGCGAAGUCACACUUUACGAAGACCCAGCGCCACCACUACAACUUUUACUCCCCGAUGAUGGGUUUAGCUGCGAUGUCGUUCAAGGGGUUCCACCAGGUCUUGCCGACUUCCUGCACCCGCUGCAAGCGUCGGGUUUGUGUCGUCUGGCCGCGCAACCGACGAGUUCGGGCCAUUGGACAGUGUACAUGUCCGCGCCACGGCCUCCCAGUGCUUUGAGUACGACCCAACCAGAGGUCCAAGUCAUUCGGUUGCAUAAGGCUGGGGGUGGCAUGGGCUUGUCGAUAGUGGCAGCCAAAGGAGCCGGUCAGGAGCGACUCGGAAUUUAUAUAAAAUCGGUGGUUCCCGGAGGAGCUGCAGAUCGAGAUGGGCGAUUGGCUGCUGGCGAUCAACUACUAUCAGUCGAUGGACAAUCCCUUCUGGGAAUCACACAAGAAAAAGCCGCCGAGUUUCUGGUACGGACCGGAAGUGUUGUCACACUUGAAGUAGCGAAAGGGGGUGCUGUGUAUCACGGAUUGGCCACAUUGCUUCAACAGCCGAGUCCUACACCUCAUCGAGCUGGGGAUUUCUACGCUGAAUCCUACUACAGCUCGCAAGAGUCCCUCUACAGCCUAAACAAUUGCUUGGUGUUCACGCCCCCGGCCACCAAACCCAAAAACAACGUAUUUUUCAGCUCCGAUGACACUCUUUACAAAAAAGAAACGCGCAAAUUCACCAUCCCUCGAAUCGAAGUCGAGAGUGACGAACCCGUUUUCAAUCUACAAGUAACCGAUUUUUCCGAACCAUCCCCCAAAAACAUUAUUCUGGGGUACGACGAAACGGGUACCAACUUUGAAACGAAAAAAGUCGAGGACUUUACCGUUAUCAGCAACAAAUCGUGGAAAGACAAGGCCAAUAAUUUCGUACAACAGAAAAGCUACUCGAUCGAUAUUCCUGAAAAUCCCUUCGUGGAUAUUGGGCAAGUUGGCGACACUGAUAAAUUUUUAAGUAUAAGUAAGAAGUCGCGCCAACAGAAGCUGUGUUCGUCGUCGUUGCAGGAUUUGUCGAGUUCCACUUCGAGUAUCAAUAGUGGAGUGCAUGAAUCGAACCUGGAUUUGAGUCACAUUGAUCCGGACACUCCUAUUAAGCAUAAAAAUUGGAAGUCGCCGGAUGAGGUCCGGUUUGGACAAGUUGAUAGCCAACGGUUUGAAAGUAAAGCUACAAGUUACCCCGAUUUGUCCGAUUAUAAAUCGUUCGGGAGCAAAAGUAAAAGUGUGAGUGAGGAGAGAUUAAACGAUAAAUUGACGGAGUAUGAGAGACUGGAGCUUUUGAAAUUGUUGCACGACUGGAGCUUGAAUGGCUCGUACUCGAAAAGUGAUUUUAAUAUACGUUUGACGAAAUCUAGCGAACACCUGGAAAAGGAGAAUCUUGAGACGUCUGAAAAGAGUCUGAGGCGGAGCAGCGUUAAAUUUAGUUCCGAGCCGAAUUUAUCUCCGAAGUUUGAUAUUGUGAUCGUUAAGUACAGUUCGGAAGAUAACAUCAAAGAGAAGAAGGCAACUGAUUUCGAUUUGAUGCACAAGUGCGAGUUUCGUAAUUGCAUUUUUAACGAAGAUUUUGGUAAAGUUGCGAAGCCGAAGGGUAUUCUGAAGAACAGUCGAGAACGUCUCCAGGAAACCGAGUGUCUUAAUAAUCUAGCAAACCAAAAAACACCAAAACUGGGCCCAAACUGUCGCCGCUACAGUGAAAUAAUCGAACCAAAAUCGUUCAAUAGUCAAUUAGUUCGUUGCGAUAGCUUAGAGCGCUUAACCCACUUGAACAAGAAGUCUGGCCACAAAAAAUUCCCCGACUCUUACAUAGUCACAAGACGCAAUAACCAACGCAACAAAAACUCGCCAAAAAAGUCCCCGAAAAUCAUCGUCCUGAAGAAGAAAUACCUGCCGAAAACGUGGAAAAGCUGCAGCGACAUCAAGCACCGCAAAACCGUGCGCAAAUGCUGCCGCUACGCGAAAAAAAAUUGCCCCAUUUUGCGAAACUCGUCGGAAACGUCGCGGAAAACCCAGAGUUGCGUGGACAUCGAACGGGAUUACGCUGCUAGGUUAGCUGGGGAUUCCCAAGUUGGCGCUUUUGAUUGUCCUCGACGCAUGUCUGAGCGGGAUUUGCCAUCGAGGGUGGACUCAGAACGCACGAUUCCCUCUUCAAAGUCCGUGCCAGCGCUUCAUCACAUCUCACCAAACUCGGAGCAACCUCGGAACCCUCACGACGUCUUUAACCCGGGUUAUAGUCGGACCUCGUCGAAUAAUAGCAUCAAUACUAAUAGUGCACCACCUGCGAACGGUCCUGUUAACAACCAGGCGGGUUUGCGCAGCAGGUCUACGCACAAUCUGCACCAGCAGGAUGGGGGAUUUUACCAGAAUCUCAGCGUUUAUAGGAACAAAAUUCCCAGCCCGCAACAAUUGGGAGACAGGACUUCCGCCCUUCGAAGUUCUCAAAACUCUCUCCAAUCUUCAGUAGUGAAUUCCCAACGCCCGGCUUCGGCCUACUACCCUCCCCCGAUGUCUGUGAACGCCUCACGUUCCAAUCUCCACCAAUCAAUCCCGAAUUUGAAAAGUCCCCCAUCCACCCAUCGAAUCCAUAACGAGGAGUCCAGGUCCGGCUCCUACCCAAGCGUCAACCAACAACACCAUCCCCAGAACUACCCGGGUCCAAACCACCCCUAUUACUACGACCCGAAUCGUCCACCUCAAGCACAACCCAUCACAAACUACCCUAAUAACGUGCAACACGUCCACUCGAACGGACAGCGACAAGAUUAUAACAACGUCGGUGGUUUACUGCGUGAAGACAUGGUAAGACAGUCGCAAAAUGCCCGCCACGAGGAGAUAAUGCGCUACUUGAGCACGAAUAAUGCUCGAAUUAACGAACAAAACCGAAUUGAAGAAAUGAGAGUUUCGAAAAGUGACGAUUUGUUGAAGCAUCACCAAGCCAACGAUUUGAUGAAGUACGCCAGCAGUGGAAACAUCAGAGCACACGAGAGUAGCAAAGUCGAGAUUCCUCUCUACCGGAUGAAAGACGAAGAAGAGUUAGAUAAAGAUUUGCGAAUGGCCAACAAUGUGAGGUCGCAAAAAUUAGUCGCCAAUGCGAAACAACAACGCGUAAUGCAAUACCAGCAUCCCAACAACCAAUACUACGCCCCCUACAACUUCCAAAUGGCUCAAAACACACAAAGUAUGCAAAAUCUCAACUUGAACCAAUACCAAUAUUAUCCGACGUCCCCGACAUACAAAUCGCCUCCGGUGGCCCCCAAGCCGUCGAAACGACCCGACGAACCACCAGAAUUGCCGCCAACUAGCACCCAUCCUUUGUACUCUGCCAGCAGUCAAGAUCCACCGAAGAUGGCAUUUUAUCCGACUUCGACGGUACCGUCGACGAAAACACCGCGUGAUCCUUGGGCUAGAGAGGAACAGGAACGUCAAGCUGAAGCAAGGAGGGAGGCUUCGAGACAGUGGCAGGAACAGCAAAUUCGGGAGUUGAUGGCGUUGCCACAGAGGACGCCACAACAGGAGGAACAGUUGAGGGUGUUGCAGUUGGAGAGGGAGUUUCAGAGGAGGGCGAUGGAGGCUGCUGAGCAAGAUGACGAUGAUACUGAGAAGGAAAGUCCAAGUCCGAGUAUGUCCCAGCCUGUCCAGAACCCUCCACCUAAGCAGGAACCGCCCCCUUCCAUCCUGAAACCGGGGGCUGUAAACACCCAAACACAGCCGCCUCCAGAGCCAGUUGCGCCGCCCCCGCCUGAACGAGGCUCCAGUUUCGCCGUAAUGUCCAUGCGGGCGAAGGAAAACACGAAACGCGUGUCCUUCGACACGUCCCCUCCGCAACCCCCUCCCAACACCUUGCAACUGGAGGAAACCGUCAGAGAGGACCCCAAUAGUUUUAUUCGCCAAGCUGAAUCGAUGUUGGCGUCUCCGACCACCCCCACGGACGCCUCCCCCGGCGCCGCCGUGGCCACCCCGGGGGUGAUCGGCGCCCAGGAGGUGUACAGGGACCCCAGGGCGCGCCGAUUGGCCGAACAAGCGCAGCAGAAAAAUCAAACAAUGCCUCCGGUUCCUGAGAAAUUGUCAUUUAAAGAGAAAAUGAAAAUGUUUGCGAUGGAGACCGGCGAGCAGGAAACUCCGAAGGAUAAGAGUAAGAUAAGUAGGGCACAAAGAGAAAUUGAUAAUUUGGGAUCACCAAGUUCGGGACUUGUUCAUUAAUACUUGUUACUACUUGUUGAAUGUGUGAUAGAUUUAAAGAACCAAAAUGACCAAAUAUACAAGAUAUUGUUAGUGGAAAUUUAUUACAAUGUUGUCAGUCCUGCUAAUUUAUCUUGCAUAUCUAACUGUACCGUCCAACCUGCAGCUAAUUAUGCGUCUACAACGACUAAGUGUAUUGAUUGAUUUUAAACGUAGUGGCUUAUGACGUGAUUCAAUUGAAAUGAGAUGGUUUUUGUUUGAUAGAGAACUUUAUUCAAAUAUAUAUUGUAUCAUAUUUUAGAGAUCCUAUUUUCGUCAUUUUAUAUAUAAAUUAUUUUUCCUAGAGUUUAGAUAACCAUGAUAUUGUAAAAGCAAUACUUGCACAUAAGGACCAAUGUUAUACAUACACUCACACUUUCAAUUCUCUCUACAUUCCUUCUUUCGUUACAGCUUUCGUUCGUUUGAGGCAAUAAAUGUUCAUAUUUACAUUCAAAUUUUAUGACGUAGUGUAUAUAAAAUAUGUAAAUUGUCAUCAAAAGUAGCAGUGGAAUUCAUUAGAUUGUCAUAUUUAAUAGAGUAUAAUAUAGACAAAAUUCUGUUUUAUUUCUUUAUUUUAUGUACUAUGAAUAAACAAUAUACAUAUUAAAUAUU